AUGAGCUUAGGCACUACAUGGAAUGGCCAAUAGAUGUGUGAAAUGUAUGUGACAGAUUGUAUUUUCCACAGAUAGUGGCAACUAUCUUCCAUCCCACAUGUUCCUCUUACAGUGUCACUUUGACCGUCCUUACAAUUAGAGGUAGAGCCUCUGCUUCCUUUCCUUGAAACUGGUGGACUUUUGUGGCUAUUUAGGCCAAUGGAGUAUGAUAGAAGUGACAUUAUGUGACUUCUGAGGUUAGAUCACAAACGAUGACAAAGCUUAGGCUUUAUUUGCCGGAAUUCUCUCUCUUUAAGCCUUCAGCCACCAUGUAAGCAGUAAGACCAUUCUGAGGCCACUGUACUGUAAGGAAGUCCACAGGGACCACAAGGUUAGGCCCUGGCUACAUGAAGAGGGAGAGAGAGAUACCUGCAGCUGCUCCAGCCCCCAUCUGGCUGCAUCUGUAUGAGGGACCCCAAGCCAGUUCUGUCCAACCAACCUCCUAAAAUCCAGACUCCUAAAACUGUGUGAGAUAGUCCUUUCCGGCGGUGACGACCUACGCACGAGAACAUGCCUCUCGCAAAGGAUCUCCUUCAUCCGUCUCCGGAAGAGGAGAAGAGGAAACACAAGAAGAAACGCCUGGUGCAAAGUCCCAAUUCCUACUUCAUGGAUGUGAAAUGCCCAGGAUGCUAUAAAAUCACCACGGUCUUCAGCCAUGCACAAACGGUGGUUUUGUGUGUUGGUUGCUCCACUGUCCUCUGCCAGCCUACAGGAGGAAAAGCAAGGCUUACAGAAGGAUGUUCAUUCAGGAGGAAGCAGCACUAAAAGUACUCUGAAUCAAGAUGAGUGGGAAACUAUCUUAAUAAACACAUUUUGCAUAAAAAAAAAA